GUAGACUCCCCCUCUCUUUGCCGCUCGCUUUUACGCCCGUGCAAUAUAUAUACAUAUGGACAGAGCCAGAGUCGCGUCACAUCUACCUACACACGCAUUUUUAAUUAUUGCACUCUAUUGGUUUUAAGUAUAAUGAAAAUAAAAACUCCUACAAUUACGAGUUAAAGAUGAAUAUCACUGUUCUGUAUUUAUAUGACCGACUGCUGAUGGUGCGUGUGUUGUAAAUAAUCGAAUAAAUGAAAUAAAAGAUAUUUGCGUUUGCUUUUCAUCAAAUACAAGUUAAGAUCACAUAACCAUGGUCAAUUUAGGAAUGACGACUUUUCUGUUAUCAAUUAAUCGACGUUUGGUUUUACCAAGUAUUUCAUUUUUAACAGCACAAAGAUAUAAUUAUAACAUGACGUCGUUUUAUAAAGUCCAACAAAAUGAAAAGGCAGAUGUAAUAAUCAUGUCAAAGAGGAAUGCAAUGCAUUGGCCUAAUUUGUUAAAAAAAUCUAAAAUUAUGUAUAAACUUAGACUUGUUGGAUCAUUGCUUUAUGAAAAUAUAGCUGACGAAAUAAAUUAUAAUGAGUUUUUUCAAAAAUUUGAAAUGGAAGAUACUUUUCUCUCGUGGUUUUUAAUAACAGAAGUACAUAUUUGGAUGAUGGCCUUACGAAUCAUGCAAGAAGAAGAACAUGGUUUGGUUUUGAGAAAUCACCUCAUCGAAGCUAUGUGGAAUGAUGUGAAAAUUCGUUCAAAAAAACUUGGAAUAAUUAAUACAAAAGUGAUGAAUCAGCAACUCGAAUUAUUAUCACAACAAUUUAAUGCAUCGCUUGUAGGAUAUGAUGAUGCUAUUUUCUCAAAUGAUACAUUACUAGCAAAUCAUAUUUGGACAAGGUUUUUCAAUAAAAAAACAACUAAUCCAGUACAAUUAGAACAACUUGUAAAAUACAUUAGAAAACAGGUAAAUUUACUGUCAAAAACUAAAACAGCAGAUAUUUUUUCUAUAAAUCCAUCAGUUGCUUGGAUCAGUCUUUAAACUCAAUAAAAAAUUCUAUGCACUUGUUCAUGAUAUUAUCAGUUGAUUUAAAUUAUUAAAUAUGUUUAAAUAAUACAUUAAUCAUUUUAUAAUGUAUAUAAAAGUGUAACUUGUAGACUAUGAUUUAGAUAGAAGAAAGAUAAAUGUAUCUUAUAAUUUUUUUAUUGAAAUGUAAAUAUAUAAAUAAG